CCGGUACCUUCGACAGCACACAGUUGACCUAACUUUGGGAGCUCUCGCGGAUUCCGGCGGCGACGGCGGCAGCAGCGACCAGCAUGGCAGCCGUAAUCCUUCCCCGCACUGCCUCUUCGUUCUGUACGCAGCGUAAGUAGUCGUUCUAAAUGGAUUUCGUUUUGCCUGCCUCAGAUCCACUUUGCUUGAGGAGGUCGGUGAGUGUUUGGUGUCCGCCCCGGUGGUGGCGGAGCCCAUAGCGGUCGGUACGGUAGUGGAGCUUGAGGUGGCGUCGCAAAAGAUGCUGGAUCAGGCGCAACCGGAGCCGGAGGGUCCGGCUUUCACAGCGAAGGCACAAAUCUUGCCGUGCAGUGAAGCGGCGGCGGAGAGGAAAGACAGUUCUCCACCCAGUUCGGAGCUGUCAACUGGGAAGAUGAACCCCCGAGCGCCUGGAUGGAAUAAGAGGUUGAGGACCGUUGCUGCAGCUCCAAGCCGCCCACCUUGCCCAAACCGCACCAGUGCAUUUGAGAAGGCCGUUCGUAGCUAUGCCGAAAACCCAACUGAGAAUGUAAUAACCCCAACUGUCGGCACAUCGUUCGACUCAGUUGGGGAGGCAUACGACUUUUACAAUCUGUAUUCAUGGGAAAAGGGCUUUGGUAUUCGAUACGGUAAGAGCCGACUGAAUGUUGAGAGGACGAAGUGCAUGCAGGAAAUAGUAUGUGGUUGCUCGGGGAAAGCUGGUGUGGAGAACACAAGCUCAUGUCGUUGCCAAUGCCUUGCUCUGAUAAGGCUGCUAUGAGCAGAGGAUAAUGGCUGGACCAAUGCAUCAGAGGCAAGUGGCGAAUGCAACAACUGCUGUGUCAAGGCAUAAUGCCAUUGAUGCAGGUCCCCCGGGCUUCGGGCGUAGCACGGCCACAUCUGUUGGUGUGCAACAGACAGAAGGAGAUGAAAAUGAAAUGGGGAAUAUCUUGCAAGAGAUCACAGAAAUGCAAGCUACUGCUGUAGAUGGGGGGAGAAGACAUGUAAUUUCAUCGUGCAAAAAUAUAACGAUUGGCAUGGAGUGUGCUAGAGCCAGGAAUGUCACUGUGAAACAUGAGAACGAUGAGGAUAGCUGUAGACAGCCUCGUGUGCUAGACAUUGACGGGGAGUGUGCGAGGCAGCUCCAGAAAGAGCUGGACGAGGAAUAUGUGAUUGAGGAAGCAAGCCGUCAAGCAAACCGACUAAAAUCAAUGAUUACCCCGGGAGUGGUUGUGUGCGUGGUGGACACUGAUAGCAGCAAAGAUGCUGAAUUCGAAGAAAGGUCUGAUCAUGAGAAUGACUGGCUGGUGGAGAUUGAUAGGAGACUAAAGGAGCAAGAAGAUAAAGACGCUGAACUGGCAAAGAAACGUCAGGAAGAGGCAGAAAGGGAAUCAAAGGAGCAGCAGGCGAAAGAUGAAGAGCUUGCAAGUAAGUGUCAGCAAGAGAUUGAACAGAAGGCAAUGGAGCAGUUGGCAAAUGAUGAUCAGGUUGCAUGUAUGUAUCAGAAGAUGUAUGACCAGAAUGCCACUGACGAGCAAAUCAAGGUGGCGACCACACAUCAUGGUCAGGGAACAGGGGCAGGUGGUCAUAGAGCAUCAGACGUGGGAGUUCAGACGAGGUUGGACAAUUUUUUCCACUGUCGGACUGGUCUGGCAGACAACGAACCACUGAAGGACGGAGAUGUGUCAUUCGGAAGAAAUGUAAGUGCAGCAAGAAAUCAAGAAAGGGGAGGGCUAAACAACGAGGUUCUCAAAUAUUGUUCAGACGAUCUGUCCAACAGAAAGCUCUGAAUCAGAUGACAGCAGCACAGAUGACAGGAACAUUGCUUACCACAUAGAGUUGCCAACAUCGAGACGAAAUACUAUGCCAGUGAGGUGUGGGUGGGUGGCAGCAGAUGUGGGGCGAGUUGCUGCGCCUGCUGCAGAGGUCGCAAAUGUUUCCGUAGUCAAUAAUCCUGGUCAAUAAUAAUCCUGAACAUUCAACUGGUCCAGUGACUCCUGGAGUUGCCAUGCAAGCAGAAGCAUCGGAGGUUCCACAGACUAUUGGCACACUUCAUCGGCAUGACGACAGGCGCGGUUACACUUUCCAGAGGACAACAAGUGAGCUAUGUUUGAGGUUUAGUUUCUGCAGCAACUGGAGGUCGAGCAUGCCACCAAAGCCGAUGCUUGCCACAAGGAAUCGCUUGAACUCAUUGAAUGUCCGAAUAACCUCAACAGCAUGCUUGACAGAUAUACGAGAUGUUGGUGCUGGACAGCAGCCUGUGGCAUCAUUCUCCGCUGAAUCAUCACUAUUUAUGUUGCUAGGAAUCUGUAGGUUGGCAUCGCCCGUAUCCCCUUCACAGCUAUCUUCAUCGGACAUGUUGGGUCUGCAACAUGAUCAGAGAAAUUAAACCUGAUA